AUGGUGAACUUGAUCGAGGCGCAGAAGCCGCUGCUGACGGGCAUGAUGAGGCUGGCCGGGCUCCGCCCCAUCGACGUCGAACUGGAGCCGGGCACCACCAUGCACGUCUGGGCUCCCAAGCACCACGCCGGCAAGAAGGGCACCACCAUCAGCCCACACGACGCCAGCGCCGCCGCCACAGGGGGAGACGCCGCCGCCGCCGCGGCCAAGAAGCCGUCAGGCGGCCGUCGUGGGAGCAGGAGGAAGGGCCCCGAGGCGAAGCCCAACGUGGUCCUCAUCCACGGCUUCGCCGCCGAGGGCAACGUGACGUUCCAGUUCAACUUCGGCGUGCUGGUGUCGCGCUACAACGUGUACAUCCCGGACCUGCUCUUCUUCGGCAAGUCGUCCAGGACGGACAGCGCCGACCGGUCCCCGGAGUUCCAGGCGCGGUGCGUGGCGGCGGCGCUGGCGCGGCUUGGCGUGGCGCGCUGCGACGUGGUCGGGUUCAGCUACGGGGGCAUGGUGGCGUUCAAGCUGGCGGAGGCGCGGCCGGACCUGGUGCGGUCGCUGGCCGUGUCCGGGUCCGUGGUGGCCAUGACGGACGCCGUGAACCGGGAGACCAUGGAGCGGCUCGGCGCCGGGUCCUCCGCGGAGCUGCUCAUGCCGGAGACGCUCCAGGGCCUCAAGGCGCUCUUCUCCGUCUCCAUGUACCGGAAGAUGUGGUUCCCCGACAGGAUGUACAAGGACUACCUCAAGGCGAUGUUCACGAACAGGAAGGAGAGGCUGGAGCUGCUGCAGGGGUUGCUAGACAGCAACAUGGACGCAAAGAUGCCGACUUUCCAGCAGAAGAUAAUGCUGAUCUGGGGCGAGGAGGACAAGCUCUUCGACAUAGAGCUGGCCAAGAAGAUGAAAGAGCAGCUGGGCGAGAAGUGCUACCUGCAGGGCAUCCCCAAGGCGGGGCACCUGCUCCACCUGGAGCGCCCGUGCGCCUACAACCGCCAGCUCGGCAAGUUCCUCGCCCACGUCAACUCCCAGGAAACCCAAGCCACCAGUUGAACCGAUCACCACCAUCUCGGUCGUUCUAGAGGAGGAGGAUGAUUAUUUUUGCAAGCAAAGCAGGUGGCCUGUCAACGUUAGUUCGUCUGCAACACGCGCCGCGUUCCAUGAUUGCCCGCAGAGGUCAACCCAUGGAUGUGAAGCUGGCCAUUACUACUACUACUACCGCUAGCUAGCUAGGUCUACAGGGCCACAUUCCGUCGCCCUGCAGAGUAUUAAGUGAUGAGUUGACGCCACGCUCGACGUGGCGUUGAUGGCGGUUUAUUUCCUCCUGUUCCUGCAGACUGUUCGCUUUGAUGCUGCUCCUACUACGUACAUGACUUUUGUGGACGCCGUCGUGGUGCGAGUA